GCGGCUCUUCUGCUGCCGAGACCAGAAGAAAGCCAGGACGAGACGGAACUGGAGCGGUGUUUGCUCGCUGGAGGCCCGCUAAACCACAUCUCCCUUUGUCGUUUUCGCCAGAGACGGUUCUAAUCUAACGUUCAUCCAACCUCCUUUUUCAUCAUAGAACUAAUUUCACACAAAAAAUGUCCUGGCAAAGCUACGUGGACAAUCUGAUGGCUGACGGCAGCUGCCAGGAUUCGGCCAUUGUUGGUUACACGGACGCCAAAUACGUCUGGGCAUCUUUUAGCGGCGGUACUUUUGCCAAUAUAACGUCUGAAGAAAUCGACGUGUUAGUAGGAAAGGACCGGGAGGCGUUCUUCACCAGUGGGCUGACCUUAGGCAGUAAAAAGUGCUCGGUAAUCAGAGACAGCCUUCACGUUGAAUCUGAUUGGACCAUGGACAUCAGGACAAAGAGUCAAGGGGGAGAGCCAACAUACAAUGUUUCUGUAGGCAAAGCAGGCAAAGCAAUGGUUAUUGUCAUGGGGAAGGAAGGUAUCCAUGGAGGACAACUCAACAAGAAAGCAUAUACGAUGGCUGAAUACCUGAGGAAGAGCGGAUACUAAAGCAGCCUGUACCCAGCUACCUAGCAACUCACCCUUACCACCCUGUUGCAUUUCACACUACUUCCAGUCCUAGUUUGUAGUUCUUCUUUUUGUUCUGCCUUUUUCCCCUCCCCAUUUUGUUCCCCCCUCCCCCUGCAUUUGUUGUCAUAUUCCUCUAAAUCCCCCCCUCCCCCCCGCAACACACUUGGGCUGUGUGUUCUUAUACCCUCUGUGAGCACUCUUAAGUUGAUCCAUAGCAAAGAUGAGCAUGUUGCUAAACAGGAUGUCAUGACAAAUCUGUACUUAAAUGAGACCAGCAAAAAAGAAAGUAUUGGCAAAACAACUUGGACAACAGAAGUUGGUGUCAAUUUAAAGUAGGGUUUUUUUUUUUUUCCUGUGUUUUAUGGUACCCAUCACUUGAUCCUCUGAAAUGCAAUCAUACACACUCCCUCUCUGAGCAGCAUAUGCCUUUUUUGGAGCGCUUGAGCAGUAACAAAGCUCAUCAUGUCUUCCUUUGUUUCUUCCAUGUCCAGGAGAGGAGACACCGUGCAUAUCUCAGCCAACUUUCAUUUCCCGCCCUACCUUAAGCCCCCCCCCCCCCCCUCACAUUUUUUUUUUCGCCUCCUCCCAACCUAUUAACUUAAAUGAGGCAACACUAAACCUCAUAUGAGACCCUUUAUCAGUAACUACCCACCAUUUAGCUCCUCUCCCUUCAGAGUCACUGUCCUGAAUCCUCUUGUAAGGGGUAGUCUGUGCAUGGGAUCAGUUAACUUGUGAACCAGCUUUAUUUGCCAUCUAGAUGCUGGUAGCCUCUCCCCUGGCAUCACAACCUCCCUGAUUACGCAGAAUCCAUGGACAUUCCACAGUAACAAUGGCUCAGGCACUUAAUACUGUUUUUGUUUGCCAGCUCCUGUAAACUUUUUUUUUUUUUUUUUGAAGGCUGCCAUUUUUGACAAAUAUCCCGUGGGUAUAAUCAUCUAUUGUGUCCAGUUUGAAUAUUUUUCUUUUUUUAUAGGACCAAGUGUAGUUGCAACUUGUGUGUUUAUACAAUUGCUGUAAAUCAGGUGGUGGAUAGCAUUUUUUUUUUGUUUUUGUUUGCCCUAAUAAAAGAAAAAAGGACACUAAUGCCAUGGUUAAUUCAUGAAGCCCCAGGGCAGGUAAAGGGUGGGUGAAUUGAAGAUUCACUCGUCUUUACUACUCAAAGACAUGCAUUUGUACAAACCCACAUUGUGUUGACAACUACAUAACUGUGGAAUAAAUUGCCUUGUACUUUAUAGUCAGCUGAGCUCUAGGGUAUCACAUGGUCUGUCCACGCUCAGUACUGCUAACUGUAACGUCCAACUGACAACGGCUGAAAACUUUUAAAUGUAGAAACGACACUAGAUGGGAGAUGGAUUGGUUGGAACAAAGACGUUUGUAGUUGUCAACUUGACUGAAGAACCUGUGUAUCCUGUGCCAUAAUGUAGAGAUCUGUUGUGAGAUGGUUUUUACCCACUGUUCACUAAGAAAUCAUUUCAUCUGCACUUUUCUUUCUUUUAGCUUCAGCUCCACUGUUAAGGCCUGUGGGAUAUGUGUACUCAUUAAAAAAAAAAGGAAAAAAAACUUUCCUGUUUGCAGAUUUUCUUUUUCCCUCAUCUUUUUUUUUUCUUCAUACAUCUGGGAUACAGUCUUUAAUGCAUCUGAUUUCAUAAGCAUAAACCAAGAAAUGCCAUAAAUUGAUUAUCACCUUGUUUACAGAUCAAAUAAAUUUAUUCCAACCAGACAAA